GCCAACUGGAGUACCAGCCCCUUGAAGAGCAGGUCACAACCCACAAGCUGAAAGAAAACAAAGCAACAGACUUUGGCUUAGACAACAGCAAACCUCCACAGCACUACAGCAAGCUAACGAUGCCAAGUCAAGCAGAAGAAAAGUCAAACUCCGGAUCGAGGAGCGAUGACUAUGGCAACCGAACACACAGUCAAGUUGAACCUGAAGAGGACGAUGGACAGUCAGCCAUCCAGGAGGUUCUCACUAGACGACCCGAGUUAGAAGCAAAGCAGUACGAUUAUCAAACAGAGGCAGAUUUCAGUGCCAGCAUCCUGGCUGCCAUUGAAAAGGAGCACGGCGUGGCGACCACCAACACGGCUGCUUCAAAAGGCUAUGAAAGGAUAAACGAGGGUGUUCAACUAGGUGGGGAUGGAACCAUGCAGACUGUGCCGGGAGGCAACACUGAUGCCACAGGCCAAGGCGAACACCAAAAACCAAUCGAAGAGAAACCCCACCAACUACGACAUGACUUGGCCUUCUUUCACGCGCACCAUCUUUUGGAGAGGGCCGCAGAAGGCCGGGAGCAUGUCAAGAUAGAAAGGAAUAGCAGACACAGUGGUAUUCCUGGAAGCGAUGCACACUCUAGCCACGACAUUGAGGUGCAGAGAGAACCGACAACAGGGGGUGUACAUGGUGAAGAACAAAAUCAUCAAACUGUUGACAAUCGAACAGUCCAGAACUUGUCUCGGCCAGGGGCCUACAUGGCAGGUGGCCCGGGUGGAGCCCUCCCACGUCGGGCGGAUUCGGCAAGAUUGUCUCUUCUUGUUGCCGACCCUACCGAUGCAGCUCCGCAAGAUGAUCCUCGCAACAUCAAUGCCAGGUCGGGACAGUUAGCAGUGGCCAACAUAGUUUAUGAAGAUCCAGAGCAGCAUGCCAGACCAUCAGCAAACCCAGUCAAUCUCCAAGCUAUCCUGCAAAGAGAGCAACAGCGGAAGAAACAGCAAAAAUUUACAGCUUUUCCAUUUGUGUCAACAUGCCUAGCUCACUUGGUACUGAACCAGUGA